AUGUCCAUCUUUCGCAUCCCAGAAAUCAUCAUCCUCAUCGGCCCUUACCUAUCAACCGAAGACCUAUUCCGCUUCUGUCUCGUCAACAAGACCUGGAACGCCUCCUUCACUCCUUACCUCUGGCGAUCCUUGCCUUCCGAACGUGUCGUAACUCAUUCGUACUAUCCCCGUAUUCAACUGGCGGAGGCCUGGAAGCGCUUCCUGCCACUGGUGGAGGCAGAUAUUCUCUAUGAACAGCGACACCCCUUUCCGGGAGAAGAGGGAGAUGGCGACAACAGCAGUAGGAACAUGAACAAGAACAGGAACAACGACAACAACAUCAGCAACAGUAGUGGCAAUAACGAACUUUCGUUGCCGGCACUCUCGAGAAAUGGUCGCUGGAUCCGGACUCUUGUGGUUUAUCAGCCCUCUCUGUUGAGACCCUAUCAACCUGUACGGCACCAAGUCACCAGUUUGCCUCCCCUGGACCCAAGCACCACCACCACCUCCACUGUGGACACAACACAAGUAUUGCGACACAGACACCACCACAACCACAACCCUCAGUUCGCAACACCAGAACUUCUACUCCACCUGUUCAAGCGAUGUCCCAACGUCCGAUCUUUCAACCUCCACGGUAAUGACAAGUCUGCCGCAGGUUAUUUCUUCUGGAAAAAGAUAAUGACGAUUGGGUUUCCAGGAAGUGUUCAGGAACUGGAAAUCAAACUCGACUCAUGCGUCUUUAUGGCAGAGUCAACCAUCCUGCCUUUGAUGUUUCGUCAGUGCUCUCCAGGACUUCAGAGACUGUCCAUCUUGAUGGAUGACAGGAACUCGCGCAGACAGUACAGAGGCGCCGAUGUUGACACGAGACAGGAUGACGUUGGGGACAAGCCUUUGUUGGCUUUGAAGGAUCUUAAUAUGAGGUCUUCUGGCGGGAGCUAUUACCCAUCGUCCACUGUCCGCUUCUUGCACCGGUGCGUCAAUCUCGAGGCUCUGGCUGUCACUAUUCUUCAGCCGAUGUGGAUUCCAGCUAUGAAGGCCUGUGAUCAGCUGAGGCGCCUAAAGAUCGAUCAAAUCGCCGAAGAACAGUUGUCACUCCUCGCAAAGGCCCUCGUCAAUAGUCUGCCCAGUCUCGACGCCCUCUAUCUAGGACGUGAUAGCAACUUUUCAUGGAGUCCUCAACCUGUGGAAUUGGCGCUGGCGUCUGUGCUCUCGGCAGGUCGAGCAGGAUGGCGAUCACUCAACCUCCCUAUUUGCGGAAAAGCCUCGGCAGACGCUCUGGUCAAGCAUUGCUCGACACUGGAAGAAUUGCAGUUGCAACGAAUGGACGGAGUAACGGGUCAACAUCUCUACCAGAUCCUGUCAACCAGUCCAUGGCUCGUCAAGUUCGAUGUUGAAGUAGUCCAGGGAACCCUUGCUCGAAUCUCGGCUGAGGACUUCAUCGACCUGGACCCUUUUACCGACGCUCCUACCCCGUGGCCUUGCGAGUCUUCCCUGCGGGUGUUCCGUGCCAGGAUCGGAGGGGUCUCCAGACCAGCAUGCGCCCCUUCCCCUCGUGCCCCUCAAGCGCGCUCCAUGGUUCAGGAACAAGAUCGCCAAAACAAAAUAUACGCACGCCUUGCACGAUUCACACAUUUGGAACGACUGGAACUCGGAGCCCAAGGCGUCUGGAAUACCGAUUACGACAACAAUAAUACCUCUCCUUACCAAGAAGUCAAAGAUAACCGGGGUUAUCAUCUCGACUGUCUCUCCAUGACUCUCGACAGCGGGUUGAGGAUCCUUGAAGGACUGAAGAAGAUGCGAGAAGUGAAUGUGGCGUCCAUGGCAACAAAGAUUGGAGUGCGAGAGGUUCACUGGAUGACCAAGAGCUGGCCGAGACUGGAGGCUGUGAAAGGAUUGAAGAACUACGAUAGCUCGAUGUCGGAAGAUAAGGCUGCGCGGUGGCUGAGCGGGAAUCAUCCGCAUAUCCGUCAAGAGGCGAGUCGGGAUCUUAAUACGUGGCGUGAGAUAGGCGGCGGAGGAAAUGGGGGAUUUUGA